AUCCUGAGCAUUAGGUUCAAAACACAAACUUAUGCCAGUGCUAAAUAAUAUCCCUUGAGUAUUAACAAACCACCCUAGACGCUUGCCUGCUCAUGCCUUCAACAAUUGCAGCGAUGGCGUCUCUCUGCUCAGCUUGCAAGGGCAUAACCCCGCAAGCAUUGGCUCAGCCUGAUGGAUAUCGCCAUAUCGAGAGUGCACACGACCUCAUUCACUCAUCCAAGGUGUGCGACUUCUGCAGACUGAUACGCCGCGCGAUGGACCAGGAUUGCAGGACCCCCAAAACGGACGAUCAAAUUCGGACAAACACGAAGCCUGAACCUCUCUACCUAUUCGGGGUCGGUGAUGGACUAGCCCCGGCCGAGGAUGCUUAUGGGGAUGGCAUUAAACGCAGUGAGUCGCCAAAAUUAUUUGGCAUCAAUGUGCAUAUCCCAGAUAUCGAAUAUGAGUAUGAUCUCGUCAGGUUGAGCCUAUUCUCGGAACCUGGGACCGCUCCUUCUCGCAAGAAAGACGUUGUUGGGAUGAGAUUAUUGACGGAUUCGGGCUCAAAUGAGGCGUUUGGACUUGUAGAGCGUUGGUACAAUACCUGCAAAAACGACCACACGGAGUGCAACGAGACAUUCACUGGAACAGUAGGCUCCGUGACGAAGAGCUACGAACCACUGCUGCCCACCAGAGUUCUUGACAUUGGUUCAGCCGAUGGAUCAAGGGAACCAAAACUUCUGGUUACCAACGGGACUCAUGCCUCGUAUGCCGCCUUGAGCCAUUGUUGGGGAAACCACAGAAUCCUCACAACUACAUACCACAACCUGGCCCAGCAUUGCAUUGCCAUUAACUUCUCUGAUUUGCCCAAGACCUUUCAAGAUGCCAUCAGAAUCGUUCGUUUUGUCGGCUUGCGUUACCUCUGGAUCGAUAGCCUCUGCAUCGUGCAGGAUAAUGCCGAUGACUGGCGUAAAGAGUCAGUUCAGAUGGGUCGCAUCUACAAAGACGCCGAAAUGACCGUUGCCGCCUCCGGUGCCCGAGACGGAUCGGAGGGUUGCUUCGUUCCACGUCCUCCGCUGCAACCGGUCGUUCGUCUUCCCUACGGCGAACCGAGCCAAGGAGAAUACAUGUCCGCAACCCUAUUUCCAGACUCGAUAAAUACCACUCUCAGCGAGACGCCUCUAGGCAAUCGGGCCUGGAUAACUCAAGAAUGGAUGCUCUCCCCUCGCGUCAUUCAUUACACAAAAGCACGAAUGGUCUGGGCUUGCCGCACCUUGCUCAAGUGCGAGGAUGGUGAAAAUGAGGCCUCUGGGGAUGAACAGAGGCUCUUUGAGAGCGCCCGGCGCUACCGACAAGCCAAGCACUCGCAGCAGAAAGGCGACUCAAUUGUAGACAACGAGGAAAUUAUGGGGUUCUAUGCUGACUGGUGCGAUCUUGUGUCCACAUACGCUGCACGAAACCUAACGUAUGACACGGACAAACCCGUCGCCAUCUUGGGUUUGGCUACGGAGGUUGGUAACGGAAUCGGCGAGCGCUACACCUACGGGGUAUUUUACAACGACUCUCUUCUCAGCGAAGACUUUCACGCGCACUGCGUGGUCAAUCAACUGCUCUGGUUUGCGAAAUUGACGCUGACUCGCCCGUCCGCGCUUCGAGAUCAACCAAUAUGGUCCUGGACAUCUACCAUCGGGGCCAUAUCGUUUCUAGCACCUGCAAGAGCAGCGGAGAACCGUAUUUGUGAUCUAAGUCGCGUUCAGACAAAGACUUCGGCAUCGUCUUGGAGGUUUUCAGCUCUUUUGAAGGAGUGGGAGGCACGACGAGAAGGGGACCCAUCCACUCGAACUGGAGAUGACUACUAUUACAUGGAGUUCUAUCCCAAAGGAUCCAUCGCAUAUGGCGGUUUCGUAACGCAGAAUACGAAACCCAUCUCGGGAAGGGAUAUGGCGCCUGCUGGAUGGGUGGUGUUUGACUCGAAUGAGUGGCCUGCGAAGCCAUUCUACCUGGCCAUGAUUUCAGCUAACGAAUUUGACGGAAAGCCUGAUGGAUUUAACGUGAUGUUCCUCGCAGAAGUAAAGCUAGAUCUCGGAUUUGGAUCAGACAGACGGUUCGAGAGACUUGGGGUCGGGCAGAUCAUUGACCAAGCGUGGUUUGAUCAUGCUGAACUUGCGACCAUCACGUUGAUUUGAUGACUGCCGGCCGUGAUUGACAGCUGGAGGUUCCAUUUUGGAGUCGGAUUGCACAGAGACUUCUUACAUGGACGCUAGACUUGAUAUGUAUGUCGG